ACGGAUCAGAAACCUCUACUAAGACCGAAGCUCGGAUGCUCUGUAAGUGAUGGCUUUCUCUGGGAACGCGACUGGCUUGGACUCGUCGGUAUCUCAGGUUGCGAACAUGGAUUUGACGUCGCUUUACGAGGCGAAUCCCUAUGCAGUUGUGGCCGCUGUGGGCGCGACAGCAGCUAUCUUGCCGCUGUCGACCAUGUUGUUGGGGCGCACUAGCAAACCUCCUCCUCCAUUCCUCACGCAGCAAUGGCAGUCGCUGUCUCUCGUGAGCAGUCAGCAGGAGUCACACAAUGUACAAAGGCUCACGUUUGCCCUGCCCCACAAGCAGCAGCUGCUGGGGCUUCCCGCUGGCCAGUGCAUCAAGGUGAAGGCCACCACUGCCAAGGGUGCCGAGCUGGUGCAGGCAUUCAACCCCAUCUCCACAGAUGACACCCCAGGCGAAGUGGUGCUGCUGGUCAAGGCCUACCCGGAGGGUCACCCAGAGCAUGACAUGGCCAAGGCGCUGCACAGCAUGCGCAACGGCCAGACUAUUGAGAUCAAGGGCCCCUUCGGCUCCUUCAAAUACCAGCCUGGAAAGUACAAGGCCAUUGGCCUGCUUGCUGGGGGCAUGGGUGUCACCCCCAUGAUCAACCUGUCCCACGUCAUCCUGAAGAACCCCAACGACAAGGUCAAGCUGCGGCUGAUGUUUGCGGCCAACAGCGUAGAGGAUCUCCUGCUGAAGCAGCACCUGGACUCCCUGGCUGCCGGCUACUACGGCAAGUUCAAGUCGUUCUACGUGGUGAACGAGGCGCCGGAGGAGGGCCACCACCUGAGCCUGGGCCUGCUGGACAAGGAGAUGGUUGCCAAGUACCUUAACACACCCCCCAGCGACGACGUCCUCAUGGUGCUCUGCGGUCCCCCCGCCUUCCGCGCUGACAUGGACGCCGUGCUGUCCUCCCUGGGCUACACCAACGUCAUAGUCAUCGACGACAUGUGAGCGCAUAUGCGCGCACAUGCCCGCUUGCUGUGCGGCUGGCGGCCGC